UCGCCCCGCCACAGCCCAGCCAUGGUCCUUGAGACUCCGCUGCUCCGAGUGAGCAGGCCCGUCGCCGCCUGCUCGCGCUGCCGAGCUGCAAAAGUAAAGUGCGACGGCAAAUUGCCCGCCUGCACUGCCUGCGAAAAGUCAAACCGCGCUUCGGAAUGCUCCAGCACAAACGACCAGUUUGCACGGGGCAAGGAGAGAAGCUAUGUCGCUACCCUCGAGUCCCGCGUCGAACGGUUGGAGCGCAAGAUUCAAGAAGCAAAAGCCAGGAGAAAGUCGUCGGGUAUCGUCAUGAACGACCUGUCCGAGAGCUCCACUCCACGCAGAGCUUCGACCGACACAGUCAAGGCCCCCAAGCCCAUCAGCAAGCGAGCUGCACGCCAGCGCGAGGCCUCGGAGAUUGAUGACCUGGUGUCAGACUUUGGCCUACUUGCCGUCAAUGCCACGGCAAGAGACUUUUAUGGCUUCACCACCGAAAUGUCGUAUGCUCGCCUCAUCAGAUCGGCGAGCACAAAAGAGCCUCUGCCGGGCGACAUGAUCAAGCCGUUGCCUCCAAAGUUUGCCGCUACUCCGCUGAUCCAGCACUAUCUCAACAACAUCUUCACGCUUUGGCCCGUCUUCGAAGAGGCAACUCUCUAUGCCUCGGUCGAUGCCGUCUACCAGCAGGGCGACAAUUCCACUCCAUGGGACCGCUGGUGUGUUCGCAUGGUCCUGGCCAUUGCCUGUCUGUCCCAGUCAGAGUCCAGGGGAGAUAAUCACUACACAGAUGCUGUUGGCCACAUGAAUGCUGCCCUGGACAAUGCCGAAGACGUGCUGCACCCGGGAUACAUCUCUAGUAUUCAAGCUCUGAUUCUGUGGAUUAUAUAUGCCACCAUGGACCCUCAUCACUUCGACAGCUGGACGCUUGUAGGCGCCGCUUCGAGAGCCAUGGUCGAUUUGGGCAUCCACCAGGACCCGUCCAAAAAUGUCGCAAUAUCCCGUACAAAGCUGGAGCUCAGGAGGCGGGUAUAUUGGUGCGUGUAUUCGCUUGACAGAUCUACCUCGCUCGUUCAAACACGCGCCUUUUCCUUGUCGGACGAAGCCGCCAACGUAGCCUUUCCCUUCUACAGCACUCCCAUGUCACCCAAAUACUCGUCCCCCCAGUCGCACGUCUUCCAACAAUCCUUCGAUGCCGCCAUUGAUUUGUUCAAGGUUCGUGAAAUCCAAUCGGAAUGGUACAUGGACCUAUUCCAAUCUGGUCGCGAGCCUUGGCAACAGCCCUAUCAAUACAUUUGGAAGCAGUACAACAGAAUGGCACAGUGGUUUCAAGACAUGCCGCAAAGUACCCUACCGGCUGUCAAGUCCUUUUUCGAGUUGGAGCUGCUCUACAGCUACGUCUACAUCCUGUCGCCAAACCCACGGAUACCUCACAUACACGAGUAUGCCCAGCGCCUAAUUUUCGAGCACUGCAUUGCAUACGCCACCAACCUGCUCGAGGUGUUGGACAAACCUUCCAACACGGUCAAGCCGCCAAUCACCUAUUAUGAUGCAAUGCGCGCAUACAUGACAGGCCGCCAAUUUGUAGACGUGCUGUCGCGUAACAUGGAUGUCAUCCUCGACCCAAGGCCUGCGGUCCCUCCUACGCCGGUGGGUACCGAGGUGGAGUCGGAAGAUCCCCUCGCCCCACCUACACAGGUCAGCGCGCCACCCUUCCCUAGUCCUUCACUUGGAGAGGGACAGGCGUUUCCACUGGAUCCGACCACCCGAGCCAUCCAUGCUCUGAACGAUUACACUUCGCUGCUCUCCAAGUUCGGACUAAGAUUUGGUUUCAUACACUGGCGGGACCGAUUUCAGCGUGAAUCAGCUUCUCUUUCAGCACAGCUUCACCAACGUAGUCAAGUCUCUGCACAUCCCUCGCCUAUGGGACAGCAGUUGCCACCUCCGACGACUUAUUCUCCGCAGUGGGGGUCUAUGGCAUCCGUGUCGCCACAGCCGCCACACUUGAUGUACUCUAGCCUUCCGACCACACCGCCCAGCCUCUUUCCCCAGUCGAGUCCAUAUGCUAGCUCCAUGUCGUACAACGGAAACGCAUAUGAUGGUUCCGGACAAAGUCCGCAAACACAUGGCAUGGCGUAUGAUGCCAGCCCAUCCCAGCAGACCUGGGCAACCCCAUCUCCACAGCCAGUGCCCGAUCUUCCACAACCAUCAGGUGGCCAAACAAGAAGGGCUUUGGUAUACGGUCCAGGCCUUCCAGUGCAAGGGCGCAGCCCUGGGGCUUCCUCAUCAACAGGACAAGAUGCCAAUGGCUGGGACCACCAAAACUCCGACCCUAACGGUUACUUCCAAGUGCCGCCAUCCAUGUCUCAACAAGGCAAUGGCUCCUGGAACCAGAGCUCACAAGGAAAUUGGGGCUGAAUCGCAUCCCACCAAUGAGACAGCAUGCAGUAGAACGGGCCAUUCAAAUCAGCCCAUUUCCUCUUUGGAAAACGUUUACCGACGCGUGCGUUUAACGCUUUUUUUUUCGCCGAUCAAUACCGACAGUUCCAGUUCCACUCGGAGCGGGAUCUACGUUCGGCAUAUUACUAGCGUAGCACGUGUAGGACUAGCAAAGGGAACAAGGUUUUGGCGCUGCAAUGGACGAGAGGCGUCCUUUGUUGUGCAAGGGAAUGAAUGAAUGAAUGAAGAGAUGUAUAUUGGAAAUGUAGAAACGCUCGACGUGCAGAUGGUGUUUACGCUUGAUCGAAGUGUGAAAUGAGCCUAGUUGAGGCUCCGCGGAUGUCACAGGCCCGCGGCUAGAGACUGUGUAAACGCCGAGUUUAAAC